AUGGCGGCAUGGCUGUGCGUGGAGGGAGCAGAAGUUGUGCCGUCUCUCGCCCUCGAGGAGAUGGUUGACAUCGUAGCAGGCUCAGGUUCUCAGUCCCGGCAGCGUAUCGGAGCGAAGCUAGCAAGCAAGGAGCAGUCCGAUCAUGUCACCAAGUUGAAGCAUAAACUAUCUCGUAAGAAAACCUCUGGCAUGUCAGCGAUCAGGAGCAACAACUUCCUCCUCUCUCCCAUCGCUCCUCUGAGUUGCUUCCUGCGGGUGAACGCGUCAUGGAGCAUGUUUCAAGAGUCGAGGUACAUCGAGCACAGUCAGGGCAUCCCAGGAACGAGCAGCGUGAUAGCAGUCGUGAGCAACGAAGAGUCCGCUCUCGUCAACUACCUCCGUCAGUUCCCCGACCUGUACAACUUCGUCGCCAACAGUCAGCAGCUCUUUGGGAUGGAGGGGAGGAAGAUUGUGCGGGUAGAUAUGGAGACGAACAAGAUCCUGUGGGAAGCAGGAUCCGGUCAAGUUGGCUCUGCCGAUGGGACUGCAACCGCCUCGUCCUUCUCUUCUUCCAUUACAGGCCUGGCAUGGGCCCCUUCAUGUACCCAAGGGGAAGUCUGCUCUGUCCAUGGAGCACGAGAAGGCUUUUUCCAGCAGCAGGGGAUGCAGAACUGGAUUUACGUGGCAGAUUCCGGAAAUUGUCUCAUCAGACUUGUGGACUUUGCGAGUGGAGCGACAAGGACGAAAUGGGGACGAGGAUGUUUGAACGGGACAGACGCACAAGACCCGAACUUGUACACUGACAGCCCUAUCCCCUCCAAGAACGUCCUUGGAAGUCACCUUUCAAUCGCGUGGGUCUCUUGGAAGUUCUUCAUCGUAGCUGACAGAGACGCGAAUCGCAUCCGAAUGUUUGUCACCAGUCAGCAUCAAGGGCUGUCUCCUCUUGCCGGCAGGAAAGUUGUCAAGAUGUGUGGAGAGAGCGUGAAAGACUUUGCAGAGGAUGUGCGAUCCUCGUACCGCCGGUUGAGGAUCUUGAGAUUCGAAUAUGAGGAUCAGCUCUUUAGCCCAUAUGGCGGACUUCAGCUGUCCCCUGACGGACAGUUUCUCCUCUCUGGUUCAACACCACAGAGGGGCCAGGCACAGACAGAAGAAAUAAAGAGGAGCCUCCAAGAUUUGCGGGCGAUGCUGGAGGAGCACAAGAGAGUUGUGGUGACCGAUGGAGGGAGGUGGAUCAGGUUGGUGGAGACAAGCGAGCUGAAGAAGCUCAUGAGAUGA